AUGUAAAGUCACAAAUCUGAGAGAUCUUAUUAAGAUUUUCUUUCAGCAAAUGAAUCAGAUUUUCUAAAUACAUAUUUCUUAUAAUUGGUUGUAGAUACAAUUCCAUAAUUUGUUUGUUAAUCAGAAGCAGCUAUGAGACAUUAAUUAGGUUCCAAAAUAGAUAUCUAAUAAUUAUUAUAAUAGAAAAGAAGUUUACAUAUUAAGCCAAAUAGAUAUAUGUUUUCACUUUGUGAUUUCAAAUUAGAAAAUGCCAUGCAAUUAUUAAGAAAUUAAAUUUAGAAAUAUGAUUUUUAAGAAAAUGAGGAGUAUUUAAUCUAUAUUGAUUUAGAAAGAAAUCUGCUUAAACAAGAAGAAAACUUUAUUAAUCUUUAAUUACUUCUUCUUUCUCAGAUGAUAUUCCAAUUUGUCAAAUUAAUUCUUGGGUCAUUUUAAAUGAUAUUAAAUUAGAAGUGAAAAAAGGAGAUAUCUUAUUGUUCAUUGUUAAAAUUAAAGCUUCUUCUUAUACUCUCAAUAGAUUAUAAACUCUUAUUCAAAAUGAAAUUCAAUAUACAAAAGUACAAAUUAUAUAAAUAAAAGUCAAAACUAAGUGAUUAUAUAACUAAAUAUAAGCCAAACAUAUAUCCAAUACUAAUAUUAAAUGCUGAUAUUAAUUUUCCUUAUCAAAAACUAAAUUGUUAAACAUAUUAUAUUGGUAAAUAGAAUCUAAUGUAUCAUUUCUUCUAAUAGUUGAGGAUAUAAGAUGCUGAAGCUAUAACAGAGGAUGUAUUUAAUUAAUCAAUUAUUUUAGUUAAUUUCUAAAUAUAAUAUAAAUAGAAUGAGUUAGGCCAGAAUCCUAGUUUAGAGAGAAGCCAUAGAGUUUAAGAAAUUGAAUAAAAAUGUUGAUCUAUUUAAAUUAACUACUUUUGGAGUGGCAAUAGCAUUGGGGUUAAUGUACUUUUUAAAGAAAAAAAUUAUUAAAUGA